AUGUCCCAGAAGAACUGCACCACAGUCUUCUUCAAUGUAAUCACCAGUUACUCUGAUAAAUACUUCUUCAGGAUUGAAAGUCAACCAUUCCGUGCAACAGACCCAGACAAGUCUGUUAAUAUAACUGUCAGGGAUUUGCCUCCCAGUCCCAACAUUACUGUCUCAGGUGAGGUGAAGGAAGGGACCCCUGUCAGUUUGAACUGCUCUGCUGUCGCUCCCUGUCCCAAACACCCCCCUGAGCUGACAUGGACCCUCCCAACACAGUUCACAAAUGAGAACCAACUGCAGGAGAAUCCAGACCAAACCAAAUCAGUUCUCUCCACGGUGACCUUCACUCCGUCAUACCUUCAUCAUGAGAAGAACAUCACUUGUACUGCAGUCUACCCAGUAGGGACAAUCAACAAGACAGCUGAACAUACCAUGAUGCUUAACGUUUCAUUCUCUCCUAAGGACACCUCAGCCUCCAUCAGUCCAGCUGAUCCAGUAUUAGUGGGCAGCUGUGUUAAUCUGACCUGCAGCAGUACAGCCAACCCUCCUGUGACAAACUUCACCUGGUUCCAGAUCAGUGGGGGUAAACCAACACAGGUAGCAUCUGGACAGAGUUACACCCUCAAUGUGACUGUUGGUGAUGGAGGACUGUACUACUGUGAAGCAAGAAAUAGUCACGGCCUUGGGAAGUCAAAGGAAGAGAAGCUGGCUAUUAAAGGUGAAACGGGUAUGUCGGGCACAAUGUUAGAUUAG